GCUGCAGCACUUGCCCUUCGCACUGACCAACCUGCACCUGAAGGCCCUCUGGCUGGCAGAGAACCAGUCGCAGCCCAUGCUCCGGUUCCAGACAGAGGAGGAUGAGAAGACGGGGGAGAAAGUGCUCACCUGCUACCUGCUGCCCCAGCAACCACCUGCCAGCUCAGAGAACCUCCUGCAGAACAGCCUGGAGGAGAGCUGGGCCGAGGCCAACCCCAACCGGGUCAGUGUGAUCCAGUUUUUGGAGGACUCCCAAAUGGAGGAGGAGGAGGAGGAGGAGGAGGCUGGCACGGAGAAGAGGGGGCUGCAGCGCAGAGCCACUCCGCACCCCAGCGAGCUGAAGUCCAUGAAGAAGGGAAUGGAAGUGCGACGCAGUGAGGCCUCCGCGGCAGCUAGGCGGGACUCCCCUAACUCUGAGGGCAAGAGGCUGAGUGCCACCUCCAACCACAGCGAAGACUCUCACGUCUCUGGCAGCACCCUCUCUGCCAGCGGCAGCCUGGAGGAGGGGCGAGAGGCGCAGCAGGCCGAGGGCGCAGCCGCAGAGGCUCCACUGGAGGGAGGGAGGAAGCUGGUGGCCGAAGAAAAAGGCCAAGUGCCCCCGGAGGAGGUGGCCACGCUGGAGGAGACGGCCGAGGACCAGGAGGAGGAGCUGGAGUACUCGGAGCCCACGGUGCACUUCGCAGAGGACACCCUGGUUCGCAGUGAGGAUGAGGACGAGGAGACACCCCCGAUCCCCGCAGGAAAGCAGCGGCUGAUCCGCAAGGACACACCCCACUACAAGAAGCACUUCCGGAUUGCUCAGCUGCCCCGCCCGGAGGCGGUGGUGGCCCUCCUGCAGGGCUUCGGGGCCAGUGGGAGCCCUCAGGAGGAGGAAGAGGAGAAGCCAGAGCAGGAGGAGGCCCCGGAGCAGGCGGGGUGGGGCCAGGAAGAGGCGGUCAGCGAGGGGGGCACAGCAGUUCCACCCUCGGUCAAGCUGGCUCUGACGAUCGUGCGGGAGACGGGCGGCCUGGGCAUCAGCAUUGCAGGAGGCAAAGGCUCCACCCCUUACAAGGGAGACGAUGAGGGUGUCUUCAUCUCCCGUGUGUCGGAAGAGGGCCCAGCAGCACAGGCUGGGGUUCGUGUGGGGGACAAGCUCCUGGAGGUGAAUGGGGUGUCCCUGCACGGUGCUGAGCAUCACGUGGCGGUGGAAGCCCUCCGGGGCUCGGGCAGCAGUGUCUCCAUGACAGUGCUGCGGGAGCGGAUGGUGGAGCCUGAGAACGCCAUCACGGUGACGCCACUGCGGCCCGAAGAUGAUUACAGCCCGCGGGAAUGGCGUGGAGGGCUGCAAUUAGCCGUGGGGGCUAAAGACACCACCACGACCGAGCGCCUUUCGGCCUGCCUGGUGCGGAACGAGCGGGGCCUGGGCUUCAGCAUUGCUGGCGGCAAGGGCUCUACCCCAUACCGGCCAGGCGACAUGGGGAUUUUCAUCUCCCGGAUUGCAGACGGGGGGGCUGCCCACCGGGAAGGAACGUUGCAAGUGGGCGACAGGGUCAUCUUGAUCAAUGGGGUGGACAUGACAGAAGCUCGGCACGAUCAGGCUGUAGCACUGCUGACCGCCUCCCCACCCACCAUUGCUCUGCUGGUAGAAAGAGAGGCGGCACCACAAGAGAAGGACCUGCCCGUGGGGCCACGAGGGCCCCAGGCCCCCUCGCCUCCGCCUCUGCCCCCCCAAGGAGAGGCCCUGCUGGAGGAGGCGGCACCAUUCCCCCCCAGGAGCCAGUUGCCCAAAGGCGCGGAGAGCCAGUACCCCACCGAGGAGGUCUGCCUGGUGAAGGCUGGGGGGGCCCUUGGCCUCAGCAUCGUGGGAGGCAGUGACCACUCCAGCCACCCCUUUGGCAUCCACGAGCCAGGAGUCUUCAUUUCAAAGGUCAUUCCGCACGGCCUGGCCUCCCGCAGUGGCCUGCGUGUGGGGGACCGGAUCCUGGAGGUGAAUGGCAUCAACCUGCGCCAGGCGACUCACCAGGAGGCCGUCAACGCUCUGCUCUCCGGAGACCCGGAGCUACGGAUGGUGGUCAGGCGAGACCCUCCGCCGCCUGGAAUGGAGGAGAUCUGCAUUGAAAAGAGGCCUGGGGAGAAACUGGGCAUCAGCAUCCGAGGCGGCGCCAAGGGCCAUGCGGGGAACCCCUUUGACCCCACAGACGAGGGGAUCUUCAUCUCCAAGGUCAGCUCCACCGGGGCAGCGGCCCGCGAUGGCCGGCUGAGGAUGGGCCUGCGCAUCCUGGAGGUGAACCAGCAGAGCCUGCUGGGCAUGACGCACGCGGAGGCGGUGCAGGUCCUGCGGGCCGUGGGGGACUGGCUGCUGGUGCUCGUUUGCGAGGGCUUUGACCCCAAAGCCAUGGCUGCCCUUGAGAUGUCUCCCGGAAUCAUCGCCAACCCUUUUGCGGCCGGAAUUGGGCGCAAGAACAGCCUGGAGAGCAUCUCGUCCAUUGACAGGGACCCCAGCCCAGAAGAGGCGGAUCUUCUUCAGAAGGGCGUGGUAGUGGGGGAAGCCGAGUCUGCCCAGCGGGAGCCUGCCGGCAGCCAGCAGUGCUCGGCCCCGUCCCAGCCUUUCUGCCUGGCGGGCAAAGAGAUUCUUUUUACCAAGCCCGGGAGAAUCCAGCCCGUCUCUCGCCUCCGCCUGACCUCAGCCCUGGGCCCCACGGAGGGGCGGGGCAGCCCCAGCCCUUUGCAGCAGCCCGAGCCGGUCUCUAGCCCCAACGGCCUGCCUUGGCAGUCCGGACCCUUGUCGCAAUGCGAGGACCCCCCUCUCAGUGCCAAGCAGGCGUACAAGGCCUUGGCCGCCGUCCCAGGAUUGCAGCUCCCGUUGGAGGCGGAG